AUGGAGCUACACGAUGACACUGGAAUCUCCAUCCUUGUGGUCGGAGGUGGCAUUGCAGGCCUGACCUUUGCUAUUGAGGCUCAUCGUAAGGGUCAUAACGUGCGAGUCAUUGAACGGCGACCCAAAGGAGAGACAUUUGGCGAAGUGAUUGUUAUUACCACACCCGCCCUCCACACCCCAAAGAAAUGGCCGAAUUUCAUGGAGCGAGCCCGGGAAAAGUCUGCCGCUCCAGUGGUCAACAUGAAGAAGUUCGACGGGACUUUGAUCGGGACCUUCCCCAUUGGUGAUCCAAACGACCCAUCUCUGGCCAUCUACCGAUCGAAGCUUCAUGUGGUGCUGUAUGACUAUGCCUCCGAGCUAGGAAUUCCGAUCGAGUUCUGUGCGGAAGCUUCGGAAUUCUUCGAGACAGAGGAACAUGCCGGUGUCGUAUUGUCUGACGGGCGCGCCCUCACUGCCGACGUAGUGGUUGCAGCUGACGGAGUCGGCUCCAAAUCAUGGGCCCUAGUUGUGGGGAGCAAAGAGCCCCCUAUCAGCUCGGGGUUUGUUAUGUAUCGAGUCACCUUUCCCGUGGCCCCUGUGCUUGAAAACCCAAUCAUCGCGGCUGAGCUGCAAGGGUACAAGAAUCGCGCCUUUUUACACGCCGGACCAGGCGCUCAUGUGGUUACUUCCAUGUCUGGAAGCGAUAUAUGUUGGCUGCUCACCCGCAGGGAGGACAGCGAGGCCAUUGAAGAAGACUGGUCCAAGACAACGUCAAUCGACAAGGCUCUCAAAGCUGUCGAAGGUUGGGAACCAUUUGUGACCGAGCUGAUAAAGGCUACUCCUUACCGUACAGUCCUUGACUGGAAGCUGAUGUGGCGCAACCCCCAGUCGCAGUGGGCGUCUCCCGGUGGUCGUGUGAUUCAGAUCGGCGACGCUGCACACCCAUUUUUGCCCACCUCAGCAAGUGGUGGCACCAUGGCAAUGGAAGAUGCUUAUUCUCUGGCCGCUUGUCUGAGCAUUGCUGGAAAGGAAAACUUAAGCCUCGCGACGAAAGUCCACAAUCAUUUGCGGUUUGAACGAGUCUCCUGCGCACAGAAGAUGGGCUUCAAGAAUCGCGAGUUAUACCACAACACAGAUUGGGACGCGGUCGCUAAGAAUCCAGAAACAAUGGGCAAAAUGGUGGGAGAUUGGCUGGUUCAUCAUGAUCCAGAGCAGUAUGCUUAUGACAAUUACGAGAAAUGCGCAGAACAUCUCGUCAACGGCACAGCAUUCAAAAACACGAAUUCGGUACCCGGCUAUGAGUAUAAGCCGUGGACUGUUAAGGAACUUCUGGAUGCUUCGGAGAGAGGCGCGCCUGUUCAGGAUGAAGGUGACUGGUCUUAA